AUGCCGAGGAAGAAGCUAAACCUAGCUUACAUCCCCAAUGAUACGCUGAGGAAAGUAUCAUACAACAAGAGGAAGAAAGGGUUUAUGAAAAAAAUCGAGGAGCUCACAGUUCUCUGCGGAAUCGAAGCAUGUGCCGUUGUCAACAGUCCGUUCAGCUCAAAUCCAGAGGUGUGGCCAUCAAACACGGGAGUGAAGACCGUAGUGGAGAAGUUCGAGGCGAUGCCAGAGAUUGACCAAGAGAAGAAAAUGGUGAAUCAUGAAGGUUUCCUCAUGCGAACCAUCACAAAAACCAUGGAUAAUAGCGAGAGGAAGACGAAUGAAAACAAGGAGCUGAUGAUGAGGGAGGCCAUGUUCUUUCUUCUUACUGAGCAAGGGAACAUGCUUACGGCUGAUGGACAUCAUGAGGAUUUGUGUAAGCAUAUUGAAAAAUAUAUUAAGGUUCUUUAUAAACAUAGGGCUGAGUUUGUAAACCAAACUCGUUUUGAAUUUGGAGAAUCUUCUUCAGCUGCUAGUGCCAGGGCACCGGCAGCUAUAGCUGAAGUGGGUUCCUCUUCUACUCAAAAUGCUACUAAUGUUUCCAACUCUCCUCUUCCUCUUCCUUUGCUAAAGAAUGAGUUAUGGGCUUUGGAGCCCAUUAACGCUAAUGCUUUUGGGAAUAUUUUCCUUCCUGACGUUAAUAACCAACAACGUUAUAAUCAGAUUCAGUAUCAAGAGCAGUUUGGAUAUGAGCAGUUUGGAUAUCCAAUGGUGGAUCAAGAUGGAGGUUACAUUCCGAAUCAAAAUCAGAUUCAGCAGGAAGAUUGGUUUGUUGAUCAGAUCCUGAACCAGACCGAACAAAUGAGUUUUCCUGCGAUGGAUGGCAACAAUCACUGCAACCACCACCAGUCCUAG